GGGCAAACCCUGGUCCUCCUGGAUCGACGCCGCCAAAUUACACUGCUCCGACAAUGUAGAUUUAGAAGAGGCUGGAAAAGAGGGUGGAAAAAGCAGGGAGGUUAUGAGGCUUAAUAAAGAAGAUAUGCACUUAUUUGGCCAUUAUCCAGCACAUGACGACUUCUAUCUCGUAGUGUGCAGUGCCUGUAAUCAGGUCAUCAAGCCACAGGUUUUCCAGUCGCACUGCGAGAGAAGACACAGUUCAAUGUGUAGACCUUCUCCCUCUCCAGCGUCUCCAGCCUCUAAUCCUAGAACAUCACUAGUACAGGUGAAAACAAAAGCCUGUCUCAGCGGCCAUAACUCUGCCAGCAGCGCCUCAAAGCCAUUCAAAACGCCCAAAGACAAUCUACUUACCUCCAGCAGCAAACAGCACACGGUCUUUUCUGCGAAAGGAUCAAGGGAUAAACCAUGCGUUCCGGUUCCUGUAGUCAGUUUAGAGAAAAUUCCUAACCUAGUGAAGGCAGAUGGUGCCAAUGUCAAAAUGAACUCCACAACCACUACUGCAGUCGCCGUCGCCUCCACCUCGUCCUGUGCCAUCGCCACCCCUCCUUUAAUUAAGCCAGUCCUGAUGUCCAAGUCAGUGCCACCUUCACCAGAGAAGAUCUUAAAUGGCAAAGGAAUUCUCUCAGCCACCAUAGACAAGAAACACCAAAAUGGCACCAAAAACAGCAACAAGCCUUACAGGAGACUUUCAGAGAGAGAAUUUGACCCAAAUAAACACUGUGGAGUAUUGGAUCCCGAGACAAAGAAACCUUGCACAAGAUCCCUCACCUGCAAGACACAUUCGCUAAGCCAUCGGAGGGCAGUCCCAGGCCGGAAAAAGCAAUUUGACCUCCUCCUGGCGGAACACAAAGCCAAGUCCCGGGAAAAAGAAGUUAAAGAUAAAGAGCAUCUCCUGACUUCAACAAGGGACAUACUUCCAAACCAAUCCGGGCCGGCGCAGGAUUCUCUGCCAGGAUCUUCAGGGAGCUCUGGGCCAGAACCGAAAGUUGCAUCCCCUGCAAAAUCCAGGCCACCUAACCCUAUCCUUCCCAGACCCUCCUCUGCAAAUAGCAUAAGCAGCAGCGCGUCUUCAAAUCACAGCGGCUAUACUCCAGAGCCCCCCGCACCCCCGGUUGGAGGUGACCUCGCCAGCCGACUGUCCAGUGAUGAAGGGGAGAUGGACGGAGCUGAUGAAUCCGAGAAGCUGGACUGUCAGUUCUCCACGCACCACCCUAGACCUCUUGCGUUUUGUUCAUUUGGGAGUCGCCUCAUGGGACGAGGGUACUAUGUGUUUGAUAGAAGAUGGGAUCGUUUUCGAUUCGCACUAAACUCCAUGGUAGAAAAACACCUGAAUUCACAGAUGUGGAAGCACAGAAGCCCGAGCCACAGGGCAUCAGGUCCCUCCCCCCUGUUCAGGACUUGCCUAACCAAUCUGCUGUCACUGAGCAACAUUGGGGCUGCCUGGGUGUCAACUCUGGAGAGCGUAGCACCCCGCUGCCCUCUCAGCCUCGCUGCCCAAACCCCAGGCCCCGACGGGCCCGAACCUGGAGGGAUGGCAGCCGAUGGGGGCGUGGAAGACAUUAGGAAGAAAAGGAACGGCCAAGACUCUUUUUUCUUUAACAAGCAUUUAACUCUGCAUCAGGAGACGCCAACACAGUAUUCUCUUUCAGCCAGGAAGAUCCCUCCUGCGGCAGAUAGCCCCCUGCCCUCGCCAGCAGCCCACAUCACCACCCCUGUUCCAGCAUCCGUUUUGCAGCCUUUCAGCAACCCCAGUGCUGUGUAUCUUCCUUCAGCUCCCAUCAGCUCGAGGCUCACCUCUUCUUACAUAAUGACAUCAGCCAUGCUCUCAAACGCAGCUUUUGUGGCAUCGCCGGACCCAAGCGCCCUCAUGUCCCACACCACAGCUUUCCCUCAUGUGGCCGCAACCCUCAGCAUCAUGGACUCAACCUUCAAGGCCCCAUCCGCCGUGUCCCCGAUACCAGCCGUCAUUCCUCCCCCAUCCCACAAGCCAUCCAAAACCAAAACCAGCAAAUCCUCAAAAGUCAAAGACCUGCCCACCCGUAGCGACGAGUCUCCAAGUAACAAAAAGAGGAAGCCACAGUCUUCGACUUCCUCCUCCUCCUCCUCCUCCUCCUCCUCCUCCUUAUCCUUACAGACACCCCUCUCGUCUCCACUGUCAGGGCCCCACAGAAAGAACUGUGUGCUGAGUGCCAGUUCUGCUUUGAACUCCUAUCAGGCAGCCCCUCCCUAUAACAGCCUGUCUGUGCACAACUCAAACAAUGGGAUGAGCCCACUCAGUGCCAAACUGGAGCCCUCAGGACGGACCUCGCUGCCCGGCGGCCCCGCGGACAUAGUGAGACAGGUGGGCACGGUGGGAGGCAGCAGUGACUCCUGUCCCCUCUCUGUGCCCUCCCUUGCGCUCCACGCAGGGGACCUCUCUCUGGCCUCACACAAUGCCGUGUCUUCUCUGCCCCUCUCUUUUGACAAAUCAGAAGGAAAAAAGCGUAAGAACUCGAGUUCUAGUAGCAAAGCCUGUAAAAUCACUAAAAUGCCUGGUAUGAAUAGCGUUCACAAAAAGAACCCGCCCAGCCUUCUUGCACCGGUGCCCGAUCCCGUUAACAGCACCUCCUCUCGGCAGGUAAGGGACCGCCUGGCACUGCCUUCACCAGCUCUGGGGGGCAGGGGGAGCUGGGCCACGCCCCUGCAUAGCCAGGUGGCUCAGACAGGUAACACAAGCAUGACUCCUUUCCUUGUUUUCCCCGAAGGCAAUUGUCACCCUCCGCUUUGAGAGCAAUUUAUUGUUUAACAAAUACCUGAUACAACUCUAUGUGCGAGGCACUGUUCUGAGCACUUUACAGAUAUCACCUCGUUGAGUCCUCAUGACACCCCUGUGCAGUUGGUACAGUUGUUAUCACCACUUUCAAGACGAGUAAAUGGAGGCACAGAGAGACUCUGAGCCCCCCACUCCACAUCCGUUGGUUUUAUAUUUUGAGGUUCUGAGGACGUUGUCAUUAGAGAGUUCCGUGGCUAA